ACAGGACACUGGCACAUUCUUUGCGCGCGCGCUUAAACGUCAACCUGAAUACAGAGGGCCUGAGGCCGUCGCGCUUCGAGCAAGGUAGUUGUUUUUCCCGCGCGCUUUUCUUCGCUCCCGUUCAUGGGGAAACCUAAGCAGCAGGUCCUCUCCCGCUUCUUUGCCCCAAAGUCGACGUCUCCUCUGGCGUCGAUGGAACAAAAAUCACCACCGCCACCAUCCCCUCCCCGUUCCAAACCCUCACCGAGGAUCGCCGCUAUCGUCUCUUUUUCCCCGUCCGCAACUUCCUCUAAGCGUUCCCAUCCUCAUUCGCAAAACCCGUCCUCAUGUGCCAAAAAACCGAAACCCUCGCUCCACGAGAAGUUGGUGUCGAAGCUCCUCGAUUCUCCCGCUUCCUCCUCGGUUACUCUCCCAAAACCCUCGGCUGAAAACCCCAAAUACACUCCACUCGAGCAGCAGGUCCUCGAGCUAAAAUCUCAGCAUCCAGACGUACUCCUCAUGGUAGAGGUCGGCUACCGCUACCGUUUCUUUGGCGAGGACGCCGAGAACGCUGCGCGAGUCCUUGGCAUCAUCGCUCACGCGGACCACAAUUUUCUCACUGCCAGUGUGCCCACAUUCCGGCUAAAUUUUCAUGUCCGGCGCCUUGUUGCCGCCGGGUACAAGGUGGGUGUAGUUAAGCAGACGGAAACGGCGGCGAUUAAGGCACAUGGGUCGAACCGGCUAGGACCGUUUUCAAGGGGCUUGUCGGCGUUGUAUACGAGGUCGACGAUUGAAGCAGCGGAGGAUAUGGGAAGCGGAAAGGAAGACGGGCUGGUGGGUUCGGACGGGAAUUACCUUCUCUGUGUUGCAGAGAAGGAAGCUGUGGCUGGAUAUAAAGGUUCUGAUCUGGAAGGUUGUUUUGACGUGAAGAUUGGGAUAGUUGGAGUGGAGAUAUCGACUGGGGAGGUCAUUCAUGGUGAGUUCAAUGACAAUGUUAUGAGAUCGGGGCUCGAAGCCGUGGUUUUGAGCUUAUCUCCAGCAGAAAUCCUUCUAGGAGAUCCUCUUUCUGCAUCUACGGAGAAGCUGCUGUUGGCCUAUGCUGGACCUGCAUCUAAUGUUCGAGUUGAACGAAGUUCCCGAGACUGUUUAAAUGAUGGGGGUGCACUUGCUGAAGUGAUGUCCUUAUAUGAAGAGGUGGCUGGGGAUACCCCAAAUGUGAAAAAUGUUGAAACAAAUUUGGACAUCAGGAGAGGGAGAGACGAUUCCAGUGGGAUUGAGGGAAUUUUAGCCAUGCCAGAACUAUCUAUCCAAGCAUUGGCAUUAUCCUUGCGAUACCUUAAAAAGUUUGGUUUGGAAAGGAUUUUAAUCAUGGGUGCUUCUUUCCGGCCUCUCUCUAGUAAUGUUGAGAUGACGCUAUCGGCAAAUACACUUCACCAGUUGGAGGUCUUGCGGAACAGCUGCGAUGGUUCUAUUGAAGGUUCAUUGCUACAUGCUAUGGAUCACACUUGUACUUCAUUUGGUUCAAGACUUCUGAAGCACUGGGUUACUCAUCCAUUAUGUGAAAGAAACUCCAUAAUUGCACGUCUUGAUGCAGUUACUGAAAUCGCAGAUUCAAUGGGGUCUUGUAGAGGUUUAAAAGAAGAAACUUCAUGCAAUGAAACUAGUUCUAUACUUUCAGAAGUUUUAAAGAUGUUGGGGAAGUCACCAGAUGUACAACGUGGGAUAACUAGAAUUUUUCACAGAACUGCUACAGCAGCUGAGUUCGUUGGGGCCAUCCAAGCUAUCCUCUUCUCUGGCAAGCAAUUACAGAAGCUUUAUGCUGAAGAUGACGAAAAUAAUGUUACUAGAAUUGUGAAAUCUGCUCUUCUGAGAAGGCUAAUUUUGACCGCAUCAUCAACUACUUUAAUUGCUCGAGCUGCACAGCUUCUCUCCUCUCUUAACAAGGAUGCUGCUAAUCAGGGUGAUAUGCUCAAUUUGUUCAAUACUUCUUGUGGUCAAUUCCCAGAGGUUGCUAGCAGCCAAAUAGCUGUUCAAAUGACCAAAGAAAAGCUUGAUUCAUUAAUCAUUCAGUACCGAAAACAGCUUGGAAUGCGGAAUUUAGACUUCACCAGUGUCUCUGGAGUCACCCAUUUAAUUGAAUUAUCUUCUGAUACCAAGGUUCCUUCCAGUUGGGUUAAGGUCAAUAGUACUAAGAAGUCGGUGAGAUAUCAUACCCCAGAGGUCUUGGCAACAUUGGAUAAGUUGGUGCUUGCGAAGGAAGAAUUUGCUGUUACAUGCAGGAAAACAUGGGCUAUUUUUUUGACAGAGUUUGGUACAUACUAUGCUCAAUUUCAGGCUUCAGUUCAAGCUCUGGCUGGUUUGGAUUGUUUGCAUUCACUAGCCAUUCUCUCAAGGAAUCAGAAAUAUGUGCGACCAACAUUUGGGAGUAAUGAUGAACCUGGUCAAAUACAUAUCAGUUCAGGUCGCCACCCAGUGGUGUACUCGCAGGUUCUGGGGUCCGUCUUAGGAGAACAUUUUGUUCCAAAUGAUACGUGCCUUUGUGCAGAUGGUGAAUAUUGCCAGGUAGUCACCGGACCAAAUAUGGGUGGAAAGAGUUGCUACAUACGCCAGGUUGCCCUUAUAGCAAUAAUGGCUCAGGUUGGUUCCUUUGUACCAGCGUCAUCAGCAACUUUGCAUGUGCUGGACGGGAUAUACACUCGCAUGGGAGCUUCUGAUAGCAUCCAGCAUGGAUCAAGUACCUUCUUUGAAGAAUUGGCUGAGACUUCUUAUAUUCUAGAACAUUCCACAUCACGCUCUCUGGUCAUUAUCGAUGAACUCGGCCGUGGAACAAGCACCCAUGAUGGUGUUGCGAUUGCUCAUGCAACAUUGCAUUAUCUUCUUCAACAGAAGAAAUGUAUGAUUCUUUUUGUCACCCACUACCCCCAAAUUCUGGAUAUACAGAGUGAAUUUGAAGGAUCAGUUGGUGCAUAUCGCGUUUCUUAUCUAACCGCACAGAAACCUUUGAACUUGAUGGAAUCUAAACCAGAAUUUGAUAAUGGAGAAGUGGACGAACAAGAAGUGACCUUUCUAUAUAAGGUUGUUCAUGGUGCAUCAGACAAGAGCUUUGGUCUUAAUGUUGCUCGCCUCGCACAGCUGCCCGAUUUGUGCAUUAGAAGAGCAGCUUUCAUCGCGGCAAAACUAGAAGCAGACAUGGGUUCACAGCUAAGAAAUCUAGCAACAAUGUCUGGUAAUAAAACCAUAGAGAAAUAUGAAGCUUCUGACAAUUGUUCCAUUUCACCUAAAUAUGCGUAUAAAGAUGAUGAGCCCUUUGAAGAACUGGCAAAAGCAUGCCACAGUAUAUUUUUCUGUGUAAAAUCAGCCCUACAAAGUGCUGACACAGAUAGAAUUUUAAGCUGUUGGAAGGGCGCUCGAGAACUUGCACAGAUAGCGACAAAGGGAGGGUGAACCGUCUCUUUCCCAAAGGAGAAAUUAUUCUGAACGGACUCUGAACGUAGAGGAUUGUCCGGAUGCUGUGUCUGAACUGCGUAUUUGUAGAUUUGCAGCAAAUGCUAAGCCAAUCAUUAGUUGUGAGUACUUACUGAGUAUUUAGUGAGUAUUUGCUGUAUAUCUACAAAUAUGCAGUUCAUACGCAGCAUCUGGACGAACCUCUAUGUUCGGAGUCCGCACAAAAUAAUUUUCCUUCCCAAAGAACUUUUGUCAGCCUUGCUUGUUUUAUCGCCCUUGAUCAUGGAUAGUAGUAUUACCACAGACUUUUUCAAGUGGAAUCACAGAGAACAAAAAGCUUUUGCCACAUGCAAACCAAAGGUCUAAAUAUGGGAGUAUUUAGAAGCUCUUAACCACCAUCGACUGUGUUUCUGAUUGAGCUGCAAAAUGUUUCCGUGCGGCUCCUUUUACAUAACAUUAUCUUCUACUGAUCGGUUUGGGGAACUUAUCUGUUUUUGUGUAUGAUAACAAAAUAUUUAUAUGGAAAAGCCAAUGUAUAACCAGGGCAGGUAAUUUGUUUAUUUAAUGAAGGUUUUAUAGUUAUUUAGAAA